UGUGUGCACUUGAGAAACUAAAGAGAGGGUAACUUUUUUUCUUUUUUUUCUUUUUGUUUUUAUUUCUAGAGAGACAAAAAAAUGUUGGGGAUCUUCAGCAGCUCAGUGGUUUCGCCGCCGGAAGAGCUGGUGGCCGCCGGCAGCCGAACUCCGUCGCCGAAGACGACUGCGGGUGCGCUGCUGAACCGGUUCGUAGAGAACAAGGCAUCGGCGGUGUCACUGCAGAUCGGGGAGAAUGUGCAGUUGGCUUACACACACCACAACGAGUCACCGUGGCGACCCAGAUCAUUUGCUGUUAAGGAUGAGGUAUUCUGCUUGUUUGAGGGAGCUCUUGACAAUUUGGGUAGCUUGAGACAACAGUAUGGACUGGCCAAGUCUGCAAAUGAAGUACUUUUGGUGAUUGAAGCUUACAAAGCUUUACGUGAUCGAGCACCCUACCCUGCUAACCAUGUUGUUGGACAUCUCAGUGGGAGCUUUGCUUUCAUAGUUUUUGACAAGUCCACUUCUACGCUCUUUGUGGCUUCUGAUCAAUCCGGUAAGGUUCCUCUGUAUUGGGGAAUAACGGCUGAUGGAUACGUAGCUUUUGCUGAUGAUGCAGACUUGCUUAAAGGUGCUUGUGGCAAGUCACUUGCUUCUUUUCCUCAAGGAUGUUUCUACUCCACUGCAGUUGGAGGAUUGAGAUGCUAUGAGAAUCCUAAGAGUAAGAUUACUGCAGUACCUGCUAAGGAGGAGGAAAUCUGGGGUGCAACCUUCAAGGUGGAAGGGUCAGCAGUCCUUGCAGCCAGAGAGUAGAAGAUAUCUUUUCAAGUAAGGUACCAUACGAUGCAUUAAUGGAGUAAUGUGUUUAUGUGGUUGUGACUGCAAGGCAUGCAUGAGGGGCCAUGUAAAUACCUUGAAUGUUAACUUUAUGAAGAGUGGAACUAGUUGUAAUUCUAGUGUAGUUUGUUCAUUAGAUAGGAUGUACUCUAUUGCUAAUGUGCAGUUUCGCUUUCCAAUGUAAUAAAAAUAUGCAUCUGGCUUGAGAUUCCCUAAUACUAUCAUUCAAUUUUAAAUA